AAACAAUAACAAUAACAACAACAACAGGCUGAAUAUUAACGCUCAAAGUAACAACAAUAUUGUUACAAAUACCAACGUAAACAAUGGAAAUCAGGUUAAUGUUAUGGUACCUGUACUUAACCCCUAGUUUAACAAGCUGUUUUCGGAUUGUUCAGUCUAAGCCACAAUCUCCAAUGUUUCAAGCGUUCUUGAAAAAUAACAAAAUUAGAACAGAGUUUGGAAAACCACUUCCGAAAACAAGAGCUCUUGAAGAGUUUGGAAAACCACUUCCGAAAACAAGAGCUCUUGAAGAGUUUGGAAAGAGAGCCAAGGUUCACAAAAAAGCCAACCUUGCAUCAAAUCCAGAAAAUUUUGUUGGUACUCUUCAAUCAAUGGUGAUGCAUGAUCUUAGCCUCGGGCAAGCAUCAAGGCGGCGACGACUUGAUGAUCAGCUGUACUGGCAGUUUUUUAUUCAUCCUAAAGAUUUAGAAGCCUUGCUCAAUAAACCAGGAUUUGGUUUACAAAGGUUGUCACUUGAAAGAGAAAGAUUGGAGAAUCUAAAAGACAAUGCAGCAGCAAUUAAACCAGACAAUGUUUCCUCCGGAAAUAAGAUGGAGUCGGCCAUUUUAGAUUUGAAAUCAGAUUUCCCGCCAAAAACACGGGUUAAAAGAAAUUCCCCGGAUCCACAAUCGCCCUCCGUUCUCUAUCUUCCUUUAGGCGGUGGUGGAAUUAAAGAUUGUCAGCCUGCAGCUGGGUCUAAACUUGUUCACCUGGUUCCUCUCAUGUUUGCUGGGAUGACCUUCACCAUCUUUGAUGCUGUUGCAAACAUCAACAACAACAUUAACAGCAACAACAACAACAACAACAUUCAAAAUAUAAACUUUCAACAAUCUGUAAACACAGUUGUGACUGGGAACGUGAAUGUUGCAAACCAAAUCAAUGUUAUGAACGGUAUCGGACGUAAGAAAAGAAGAUCCCUAGAAAGCAUGAAAGCCAGAAUAUGUGCGCAGAAACUUUUGGCUCAAGCAUGGAAAGCUACCAAAAAAGAGGCAGCAAAAAUAGCUCGGACUGGACUUGUGCAGAAGCAGAUUGAUAACAACAAAGUUUAAUUGAUUUAUUGUGGAAUCUGUUCUCAACAUAUCUAUUUGCAUGUUUUCAUUAGUUAUAGAAAU